UACAAUACAGUUGUAAAACCUGCCUGCAAAUCAUUGUGUUUUCAGUUUCUCAGAUUUGCAGUAUUAAAGUAAUUAAUUGAUCGCUGAUGACAACACAAAAUCUUCUCAUACCUGGGAUGCACGCCUCAAUUUAAGGCCCACAUAAUAUAAGUAUAAAACUACCCCUCAGAUGUAAUUAAUAUCCUUGAUUACCUUGUUUGGCAGCUUGUUGAUCCUUUGGCCUUGUUCUUUCUGUCAGAUUGAGCGUUUGCAGAACGUUCACCUGUGUCGCGCCUAUGAAGCACAGAAGAAGCACAUUUCUGAUAAGAAUGCACACGAGGGAGGAGCAGGAGAGAAACUUCUGUACCACGGGACGACCCAGGAAAAUUGUUACUCCAUAAUGAAAACUGGAUUCAACAGGCGCUUUGCUGGACAAAAUGCAACUUCAUACGGUCGCGGGACCUACUUUGCUGUAAAAGCCAGCUACUCAGCCCACCCCACCUACUCCAAGCCAGCUGCUGAUGGUUCUCAGUUAAUGUUCGUCGCCCGAGUCCUCACAGGCGUCUACACUCUAGGCCAAAAGGAUAUGAUGGUGCCUCCACCUCGAGACCCCCAGCAGCCUCACGACCGCUAUGACAGCGUGGUAGACAGAAUGUAUAAACCCAGCAUGUAUGUUGUGUUUCAUGACAACCAAGCGUACCCUGACUACCUCAUCACAUUCAAGGGAGAGUAAAGGAAAAGUGUUUUCCACUGUUUACAAAGGAAGGUGUCUUAAAAACCCCAAAAUAAUAAUAUAAAACUUAUAUAUGUACAUUUGUA